CAUAUAUUGGGAGCACUUGUUGUUGUCUCUAGUCUAUAAAACCGCCACUAACCAGCCUGUUUCCACCUCCCCUCUCACUGUUAGUAAUGAGAACUUAGAACUUAGAUCUGAGUUCUCUCAAGUUUUUCUUUCUGCAUUUUUGUGUGUUAUCUAAAUUACUUAGCUAAUUAUUGUAAUUUCUUGUUCUCGAUGCUCCAAAUUACUACUUACCCAUGUCUCCGGUUGUGAGUGAAGUUCUUCUUUCUGGGUUUAUUAUAAACUCAACUCUUCGUCGUAGGACCCACUUAGUUCAAUCCUUCUCCGUCGUCUUCCUUUACUGGUUCUAUGUCUUCUCUGGAGCUUCGUCUGGGUCGGCCAACGGCGGUAUCCGAACCUCAGGCUCGGAAGAUGAUCAGGAGGCCGAGAGGAAGCGCCGGAGAAUGCAAUCUAAUCGGGAAUCAGCUCGACGAUCUCGACUGCGCAAGCAAAAACAUUUAGAUGAUCUAACCGACCAGGUGAAUCGACUCAAAAAGCAUAACAAUGAGAUGGUAGCAAACAUGAAUGUGGCGACAAAUCUGUACGUUAGUUUGGAGGUAGAGAAUUCGAUCCUUCGAACUCAGAUGCUAGAACUGACCUACAGGUUACAGUCUCUAAACGACAUCGUAAUGUUUAUAAACUCCAUGGAGGUUUUUGAAACCUUUUCCUUUGAGGUUGACGAUUUGAAUAAUGGCUUUGAAGAGGAAGAUUAUUAUUACAACCCUUAGAAAUAUCCAUUUGCAAGUUAUAAGUAACCAAUCAUGGAGGACAAACCCGAACACAUAAAUAAUUGUUGAUAAAGAUUGAUUGAUGUGAGUGCGUGUAUGAUGUGUUGAUGGCCUACUUUUCUCAUCGUUUUAUUGAUUAAUAAUAUGGGUUCAAAAUUUCACUCAAAUUGAACCGACAAAAUACAUUGAGGUGUUCAAAAGGAUUGAUACUUCAAUAAAUCAAAUCCACAGCGACUGUACAUGCAUUUAUG